AUGGCGGCUAGCGGCUUGGCUCAGCUAGUCGAAGCCGCUGCGGUUGAAAUGGCUAUGGAUCGGAAAAACAACAAUUGCGUGCGUUUACUUCAGGUGAAUGCAAUCUUUUCACCUUCCUUCGACAAAAAUGGAAUGCAUAAUGAUUCGGAUAUUGUAUCGAAAUGCUUAGAACGUCUUAAUGGCACUCUUCCAUCUGCGACCAUCGAACCUUUUCUAAAAUCAUCACUGUCGCAGAAAUUUAAUGGAUUCAAUUUUGAAAGAGAAACAUUUGCUGCGCGGAUUGGAAGAUCACCUAGCACAGACAGCAUUGGUGGAAGCAACUUCAGCAGUGAUCAAGGAAGUGUAGACUCUUGUAAUUACAGCAGCCAUGGCAGUGACAGUAACAGUGGAUCAGCACCUUGCUCGCCUGAGGAGCCCGACAGAUUUUCCAGAGCUGGCACACCUCAGCCCAUGCCGCCCAUACCUCCAUCUUUGCAGGACGAUAGUCAAAGUGAGGAAGAUCAACCUUGCCAGAUUGGACAUCAUAAACUGGAUGUUAAGGAUAAUAUGUGCACAGAAUCAAGGACAGCAGUUGACGACUUUUGUGGUGGAAAUGAAAGAGUGCAUUUCUCUCAGCAAAAGUGUUCUGAUAAAACAAAAAACAGGACUGAUCCUGUUACAAGUCCCAAAGAAAUGAAACAUUUCUACCUCGAACAAAGUAGUUGCUCAGUGCCAAAUUCCAAAUAUGAGCCAUUCCAAAGAGCUAAAUCUCUGAGUUAUGUUCCUUCUCAUGAGCAAACCAGUGAUGGAUCUUCCUCCAAUAGUUCAAAUAAAACUCUUGGACACAACAAAAUGAGUGUGCAUUCCGAACUUGCGUUCCCUUUUGUUAAGCAAAAUAGCAGACAGCUUAAUUUUCCUUCAUGCAAUAGUGCAAACCAGUCAAAUUGUUCCUCCACUGAAAUUCAACAGUGUAACUGGGUGGACUGCAAAAUAUGUGUGGAGGGAAAUGCAGAACUAGUCGAACAUAUAAGAUCUCAGCAUGUCCAGACUCAAAUGAAUAAAGAAAGUUUUGUAUGCCUUUGGGCUGGAUGCAAGGUAAUUAAUUGAACAUCCUUCAUUAAUAAUUUAAAUGUUAUGAAAAUAUUUUUUUCAAAAAUUUUGGUAAUAAGUAUAAAACAAAGCCGAUGAUUAUUUCCCAUUUUGAGUGCCAGAUAUGCCCGUUUAA